AACAGUUCAAAAUUCAGUGCAACUGCCAUGCAAAGCAACUGUUCUUCAUGUUCAAGCGCUUAGUUUGAGAACAUUGUGUAUUCAUUUGUGAACAAUUUUUAGACUUUUGCUUCAUUUUUAUCAUUUUAUUGACUUGAACUUAUAUUUGAAGUUAAUUUAUAAUGACGUCUAUCAAGGAAGAUGAAAAGAAAGAAAUACCCGAAAUAAUUCAAGAUCCUCAAACAAAGAGCACAUAUCACAGAUUGCGGUUUUUCGGAAAGGGGGGUUUUGCAAAAUGCUACGAAAUCCAAGACAUGGCCACCAACCAGGUGUACGCGGGGAAAAUCGUUUCAAAAAAGCUUAUGGUAAAGUCGAGUCAAAAAGAAAAAAUGGCUCAGGAGAUCUCAAUCCACCGGUCACUGCAACAUAAACAUGUGGUUGGCUUUCACAGCUUCUUCGAGGACUCCCUCAACAUUUACAUUGUACUGGAGCUCUGCAAGAGACGGUCCAUGAUGGAGUUACAUAAGCGUAGAAAAGCAAUCACGGAGCCAGAAACAAGGUUCUACAUGCGUCAGAUAUUACUCGGUGUGCAGUAUCUACACAGCCGAAGGAUCAUACAUAGAGAUCUUAAAUUAGGAAAUCUUUUCCUUGACGAUGACCUUUGUGUUAAGAUUGGAGAUUUUGGACUAGCAGCUAAGAUAGAAUAUGAAGGAGAGAGAAAACAGACUUUAUGCGGCACACCAAAUUACAUAGCUCCCGAGAUAUUGACAAAGAAGGGACACUCCUUCGAAGUGGACAUUUGGAGCUUGGGCUGCAUCAUGUACACCCUGCUUGUAGGGAAACCACCCUUUGAGACAUCAACUCUCAAAGAUACAUAUAAAAGGAUCAAGCAAUGUGAAUACAGGGUACCAACAACGUUGAGGAAGCCGGCGACGUCGCUCUGCGACGAGAGCGUCGGUGUCAUGUUCAACGACACCACCAAGCUCAUCAUGCUCGCCAACGGAGUGAAUGUGCAUUACAUUGACCGGCAUAGCAGCGAAAAAUAUAUGACGAUGACUGACUACCCGGCGGAGCUCGACAAGAAGAUGAAACUACUCUCAUACUUCCGCAGAUAUAUGACUGAACACCUUAUGAAAGCGGGAGCGUCAGUACAAGUGCGCGAGAGUGACGGCCUGUCGCGACUGCCGCAUCUGCACCAGUGGUUCCGCACCACGCUUGCUGUUAUCAUGUACCUCACCAACGGUACACUGCAGAUCAACUUCCAAGAUCACACGAAGAUAAUACUCUGCCCGCUGAUGCAGGCCGUCACUUACAUCGAUGUGGAGAAGAACUUCCGUACAUUCAGGUUCAGCACCAUAGAAGAGCAUGGCUGCGACAAGAAACUCUACACAAACCUCACGUACGCUUUAGAGAAAAUAAACAGCGUUCUCUCCACGAAACUCUGUUAGUGACUUGAUUUUUAUAUUAAUCAGGAUCUUUUAUUCACCAGUUUUGGUAUAAGGUCCCUAGUAUACCUUUUUUAUGACAAUUUUGCGGAAAAUGAAAUCUGAAUGUACAAAUUUAAUGUUUUUAGUUUAGUCGGCAAUGGACGAUUGUUACUAGGGAUGUGCAUGGUUUUGAAGAUAAUUGGACAAUCUUCAAAUAGUAAAGGUGAAUCAGUGAAUUCAUUUAAAUUACCUGCUCGUAUUGGAUUGAUAGAGGGAUUUGUUGAAACGCUUGUGUAAAAAUUUCGACAACUCGUUUAUUAUUGUUAAAAAAAACAGAUGUUUUUCAAUAUUAGUAUUUUGACAGUUAAAUUUUACAGUAAAAGUACAGUUUGUGAACUCUAUGGUACAUUGAUAAUGAGUGUAUUUUAACGAUGGUACAGGUAAAUAAAAUAAUAUAUAAAAAAAUAAAAUUAGUAUGUUUUGAUAUCUGCUACCGGAAUAUAAUUUGGCUCAGAUUGUUUGAUAACAGCUGUGCUGUACAUUUGCAAGUAAAUUAUUAAAAAGUGUUCAUAUUAAAAUUAAUAACUGUGCAUAAAGCAUAUUUCAUUAUAGUCAAUUUUGGCCAAAACUGUUCAUUUCCUUGCACAUUAAUCAAAAACACAUUUAGAGCUGGCGCACACCCGUGACUAAACUAUCGCACAACUGUUGUGCGAGUCUACUUUUUAGCAGCAAUACAACUGUAGUUGCACAACUAAAAAUCGAGUAGUAUGCACCUCCAUGUAAGCUCAUAGGAAUCAAAGCGAGACUAAACUGUGCGAUAGUAUAGUUCGAAGGUAUGCGCACUCUUAUAAGCAAAUCUUUCAAAUGAAAACAUCACAUGUGUUGUUAGCCGAUACUUAAUUUAAAAUAUAUAUAUCUUUUCUUAUACAACUCGUGUCUUAUCUUAACUUUUGUGGCAGUAUUUUCUUUUUUCUAAAACUAAAUAAAAAAAAACGAUUAUAUAAUUAUAAUUGUACCAAAGGAGUAUUUUAAAAUAAUAUAUGUAAUAGUUUAUACUGGACCUGCCUUUCUUAAAUAACUAAUAUUUAUUAUAUUAGUAAAUAAUUGUAGAAAAUAAACUAAUAUUUAUUCGGGACGCGUUUAUUGGACAAAUUGAUAACCUUCUUUAGAGACUUAAAAAUUCAGUUGACAUUUUGUUAGAUGAAACUUUGAAUUCUUAACAAUGUUAUAAUGAAUUGCAGUACAAUUGGAUAAGCCUCGUUUUUAAAUAAUUUACUAAAUUAAAUUUCAUAGUAAGUCUGCAGACAAAAGCCCAAAACAUUAUAUUUAUAGUUUUUUUUUUAAAUUAUUGGGUUUCUCAAAGCGUCCUAUCAUUGUUGCAACAUUAUAGGCAAUAAAUUAGUUUUUGUUUUUUUUUUAAUGUGUGCUAUGGACUUCUUUUUAUCGCAAAAACUAUUAAAUUACCCUCUGUCAACUUUUGGUAUAAUAAUAUAUGUCAACUAUUGGGAUAAUUGGGAAAAAUAAAAACUAUUUUUUUAUCUUUAAUAUAUUUUUAUAAUUGGCAUUAUAUUCUAAAAUGCAAAACAAGUGUGUGUCAGUUUUUCAGUUUUAUUUUAAUUUAUGUGGUCAUUUGUGAAUUUUAGUUUAGUUACGAAUUUAUAAGUAUUGAAGAAUACUUUUGUUACUAUAUUGCCCUUUUAAACAUAUACAGGAUUCAAAAUAUACUUUUUAAGAAAUUGUUAAUUAUAAAUUAAAGUUAACACAGUAAAUUAAAUGUAUGCUUGCCUCCAAAGCUUUCCUAAGAUAAGAAACCAGCCCUUUUUAUUCUGGAAUUGUUUUAAGUUUUAUUGAUUUAUUACCUGACCUAGAAAAAGAGGAAAUUCCCUUAAACCGAGACAGACUCUGGUUAUAUGAUAAUAUAGUUGAUUUGUAAUCAUUUAGAAUUAUUUAGUUUUGUAAUUUGAUUUUAAAAUUUAAAUUUUUUAUUAGUUGUUUUCCGUGCUUUAAAACAUAGAGACAUAUUUGCAUGUUUUGUAACAUUUUAAACCUUUAUUUUGUGGAAAAACAUAAGAUUUCUCUAUAAAGAUGUAGAAGGAAUAGUAAUAGUCAAAUGCUCAAAAUCAGUAUUAUUACAAACUCUAUGCUAACUUGAAGCACUGAAAAUUGUCAACAUUCGAAAUUUUGUUACAGUUCCCUUUAACAGGGACUACUAUGAUGAACAUUUAACAAUAAAGAUUUAGUACAAUAAAA